GCGCCGCCGCGCGGCCGUGACAUGUGUGCCGAUCGCUGCCCGGGAGCGGAGGCAGCCUUAGAGUGGGGGCGGCCGCGCCGGGCAUCGCUGCGCCCUCCCGCCCGCCCCCGUCCCGGGCGGGGAGCGAGCCCGGGCGAUGGCCUCCGCGCGGGGCUUUCUCUGCGGCUACUUCUGCCUGGCCAGGCGGGCCGCCGCCCGCCGCUCUCCGCCGCUAUGCCAGCGGGCGGUGGGCGCUUCCUCCGCCCUGUCGGAGCUGCCGCUGCUCGGCGGCGCCAGCCGGCGCCUCCUCGCCCUGCGCGGGCUGAGCCUCGCCGCUCGCUGUCUGGCGGCGGGGCGGGGGGCGGCGGCGGGGCCCGGGCCGUGCGCGCCGCAGCGGCGGGGCUGCGGCGGGCUGGGAGCGGCCGGCGGGGGGUUCCGGCCGGCGCGGGUGGCGGUGGUGGUGAAGACGACGCGGUACGAGUUCGAGCAGCAGCGGUACCGCUACGCCGGGCUCUCCGAGGAGGACCUCAAGCAGCUGCUUGCCUUGAAAGGAUCUAACUAUGCGGGUCUGUUGGAGCGGCAUCGCAUUCAUACAAAAAACGUGGAGCACGUUGUAGACAGUUUACGGAACGAGAGGAUAGAAGUUCGUCUUGUUAAGCGUCGAGAAUAUAAUGAAGAGACGGUUCGGUGGGCAGAUGCUGUUAUAUCAGCAGGAGGUGAUGGUACAAUGUUGUUGGCAGCUAGUAAGGUCUUCGAUAAAUUUAAACCAGUUAUUGGAGUAAAUACUGAUCCUGAAAGAUCGGAGGGUCACUUGUGCUUGCCUGUGAGGUAUACACACUCGUUUCCUGAAGCACUGCAGAAGCUUUAUCGUGGUGAGUUCAGGUGGCAGUGGCGACAAAGAAUCCGACUGUAUCUUGAAGGAACUGGUAUUAACCCAACCCCUGUAGACUUACAUGAACAGCAGCUAAGCCAAGAGCAACACAGCAGGGCUCACAUAAAUGAAAGAUUCCAGGAUCAAAGAUCUGACAUCUCUGGUCCACAUCUUUUACCAGUGAGAGCACUCAAUGAAGUCUUCAUUGGGGAAUCUCUUUCAUCCAGGGAGAACUUUAAGUCCUGCAAACCCAGUUUUAAAUUCUCGCUUCAUAGGGCCUCCUAUUAUGAGAUAUCAGUUGAUGAUGGUCCUUGGGAAAAACAGAAGAGUUCAGGGCUUAAUGUGUGUACUGGAACUGGAUCAAAAGCAUGGUCCUAUAAUAUUAACAAGGUAGCACAUCAAGCUGUUGAAGAGAUCCUAAAGAUUGCUAAAAAGCAUGGAAGUUUGAAUAUGCCAUUGAGUAUGGAACUGGUGCAAAAAGUAACAAAUGAUUACAAUGAGUCCUUGCUCUACAGUCCAGAAGAACCAAAGAUGCUUUUCAGUAUUCGAGAACCAAUUGUAAACCGCGUUUUCUCAAGCAGCCAGCAGCGUGGCUUUUCUUCAAAAGUCUGCGUCCGUUCCCGCUGUUGGGAUGCAUGUAUGGUUGUAGAUGGAGGAACAUCUUUUGAGUUCAAUGAUGGGGCAAUAGCUUCAAUAAUGAUUGAUACAGAGGAUGCACUGUGCACUGUUCUACUGGAGGAAUGAAGGAUCCUAGUGUCUUCUGCUGAAACAGUUCUGGAUCCAGAGAGGGAACUCUUGGGGAGAGCACAUUGCAAUGCUGCAUUAUUUUGGAAGUUGUCCUUUUUGGAUGCAAGAGCAUUGGUGGAAGCUUGAGAUGCUUUUCAUUCCUUUGCUUUGGGGAUAUUUAAGCAAUUUUUGCAUCUGGUGUAAAAAAAAUACAUCUGAAAUCUUACCUCUAACUUCAGUGAAAAUUGACAUUCUAACCUGUAAGGCAAACACGAAAGAACAUCUUUUUAAACACAGGCAGAUGGGUUCAAGUAUUAAGUCCGUAGCAUUAAAUACUCAGAUGUACAGUUUUUUAGUAACAGUCUGGGACUGAUGAAACUAAACACCUUCAUACAUACACUUUUGUAGAAAAGUUGGCUGUCAAUCUAGCAAUAUGAUGCAAGGAUAUAUAGAUUUUGGUAAAUCCUGAUGUUGACGUAACAGGAACAAAUAAAAAACUUUUGUAUGCUUUUAAAAACUUUUACAACUUUGUAGUUUCAUACAACUUGUGACAAUUUUUUUUUUCCUUUUCCAGUAUUUUUUCUACUUUGUAGAUUUACAUCAAAAGUCAAAGUCUGGUUUAAUCACGUCUUGAAUGAUGUAGCUCUUACCUUUCCUCUUUGGCUAGAGAGGGACUUAAACCAAGGGUUUUCUUGAGCCAUUUAAUAUGAAUAUACAAACUUAUACAAACUACAGGAGACAUUGAAGUAUGACAUGCUCCUUCACUGAAUGGAUUAGCUGGCUAGCAGGUAUUCAGUCACAGUAGUGUAUGUAGGCGGCUAUCAUCACGAAAGAUAUUUGGGCCUUACAAAGUUGAAUGGUUUGGAAUUUUAGGUUCAGAGUUUGUAAUUGAGGAAGAAUGAUAUGUACUGGGUGCUAGUAGUUGGAGCACAAGUUAAUGGAUGUCUUCCCAUUUCCUAAGUGUGUAAUUUUAACUUACCCAGAAAGUUUAAAUUUCCAAUCCUGUGCUGAUCGUUACCAAUAUUUAAUUGGCAGCAAAUUAAUUCUAACUUUACGUGACUCUGAUCAUGUGUUGGGUAGGCAAGUUGAUAACAGAAAAAAAAGCUCUGAUUAUAGAAGAGGAAAUGACUUUCUAGAUGUUUUAGAGAAACUGUGAACUAUGAUUGCCUUUGAAAGUCUAUGCUGAUCGUUGCAUAGAUGAGGGGGCAGAAUUUGACAAAAUGAAGAUUCCUGCAGUAGUAACUUUUCUGCUACAUGACUUGAAACAAAUGUGUUUUGUCCUGUCUACUACAGAUCUAUUUCCAAAAGUGAGUUUUCUUAAAACUGCUUUUGAAUGAAGAGACUUCUGUAACAGAUGUUCUCGGGUCUAAUGUGAAUGUUCUCCAGCGUGGCCAAUCAGUGUGUCUAUUGCCAAUCACAACAUGUAAAUUGAUCUUUAUAGGUGGAGAAAGUGGAUAAAACAUCUUUUCCUUCUGCUACUUAAGUCUCUAAACCAGAAUCAGGCCAAUCAGUUCUAGAAGAAUGUGAUACUGAUGGAGCUUUCUGAAUAUGCUAUCACUGUUUGUGUACAUUUUAUCUUCUAAGUGUGCUGCAGACAAGAGUUAUUUACACCGUCAGUGUGAGUUGUCAUGAUUGCAGACCAGAAGGGGAAAAUCAAAGUAGAUAAAACACUCUUUCAAAACUUAGUAAGUUCAGGAACUAUCAGAAUAACACUCUUAAUGUCUAAAAUAAUCUGCAAAACUGGUCUAAAGGUGAAGAUGCAAAAGACUAAUCUUUAGAAAGCUGGCUGCACAGAGACUAGGGUGUUGUAGUCACUCCUAAUCCAUCUGUAACCAGUUAAGGGUGGUUUAUGUGCCUCCGUCUAGUACACUGGUCAAUACGCUGUAAAGGUUCAAGAACGCCCACCACCCACCAAUGCCAUUAACACAAAUUUAGGACUUCCUAGGACCUCACCAGUGUUAGAUCAGAGGUUUAGGUAUUGAAAGCAUCCUUGAAUACCUGCACAGACAAAUUAAUGGCAGAAACCCUGUCCCCAUCAUAUUUAGAGACAUUUGUGUGCAGUAACAUUUUAAUGGAGACUAUUAGUCUGAUCAGGGCGCAUACCUAAGGAUGCCUCUCAUUCCUUAUCAUGACUGCUGAGACUAAAAUGCAAUGUUUUCAGGCCCUGCAGACCCAACGUAGAGAUUAGUAAGAGAUUUCAGUCAAAUUCCUAACUUGCUUAGCAAAAUGGAAACCUGACCUGCUCGUGAGUGGCCUCUACUGGUUUUGUUUAUAUUUAAUUGCACUUCUGUUGAAGCAUUUACUGGUGAAUGCUUGAUUUACGUAACUAGGAUGAUUCAGAGAUGUAGAAUUAAAUAAACAGUAAGCAGCUACCCUUUUUAAAAUAAUGAAUUCUAGAAUCCUUUUUAAGGAUUCUAGAUUUAAGGAUUUAAGAAUUUAAGGAUUAAUAAAAUACUUUAUUACAAAGGAUUGCAGGACAGACACCUAGUACGUAUUCUGUAACAGGACUGAGUAUUGGUUUCACACUGAUUUAAUCUGCUGCAACUGGCAGUGAACUCUGUACCUCUUCUACUGGCUGAAUCAAAUCCAUGGUCUUUUCAUUUAGUGCCAGUCCACACUGUGUUCUACUAAACUAGACCUGUCAUUCUUUGCUUUUUUUUCUUUAAAAAAAGUGGUGUUUAUAUGUUAUGUAAUAAAAAUUAAUCAACACA